GACAAGCAUCAGAUGACCGACCCAGGAGCCCCAGGUCACACGGCACCAUGCACCAAGGCAACUCGACGGAGAUCACGGACUACCAGGUAUUCCAGUUGCCCCAUCCCAGCACAGAGAAAAUUUAUAUAGAGGUACAGAUAGAGGGAGCCCCAUGCCGCAUGGAGCUGGACACGGGUUCAACUCUAUCCAUAAUCUCGGCCCGAACAUUAAGGGAACUGUGCCCUAAUGGGGGUCCCAAACUAAGGCCGGCCCCAUUCACCCUCCGGGACUUCCAGAAACGUAAGGUCCCUACUAUGGGGGUGGGGACCUUCAGGGUGCAAUAUCGAGGGCGAAAGCAACAAUUGGACUUGCUGGUAGUUAAGGGCCCCUACGUUAGCUUACUGGGACUGGCAUGGUUUGGACCUCUGGGGCUAGCCGUUACCGGGGUGAACCGCUCUAGCUUACAAGUGGACGUGGACGCCAUAUGCAAAGAGUUUCCAGGGGUUUUCGAUGGGGCAUUGGGACGAUAUACAGGACCCCCCAUUGCCCUACAGCUAGACCCUGCUGUACGACCCAUCAGGCACAAGGCCCGCCGGGUCCCGUUCGCCCUGAAACCCCGCAUAGACGAGGAAUUGGACCGGCUCGUGGAGCAAGGAGUGCUGGAGCCGGUGCCCAACGCCCCCUGGGAAACUCCAAUUGUCACACCCGUCAAGCCUAACGGUUCGGUCCGCAUCUGUGCAGACUACAAAUGCACCAUAAACAAGGCUCUCACGGCCCAUGCAUACCCAGUGCCAGUGGUCAGCCAUGUCCUCGCCACCCUGGCUGGGUCAAAAAUCUUUGGCAAACUGGACUUGGCCCAAGCGUAUCAACAGUUGCCUGUGGACGAAGCCACAGCAGAGGCUCAGACGAUUGUGACGCACAGAGGGGCAUUCAGAGUUAAGCGGCUGCAAUUUGGCGUUAGCGUGGCACCAGGCAUAUUCCAGAAUCUAAUGGACUCUCUCCUUAAAGGGAUUCCUGGCGUCACCCCCUUCUUCGAUGAUGUACUGAUCGCCGGGCCCACACCAGAGGAAUUUGAGGACCGCCUCCGCUCCGUCCUGCACCGUUUCCAGACGGCGGGCCUCAAGGUGAAGCGGGAAAAGUGUUUACUGGGAGUGCCGCAGGUGGACUUUCUGGGAUUUAAGGUGGACGCAGAAGGGGUCCAUCCAACCGGUGACAAGGUACGGGCCAUUUGUGAGGCCCCAGCGCCCAAGAGCAAGCCCGAACUUCAGUCAUUCUUGGGACUAUUGAACUUUUACCAUGCCUUCCUUCCCCAUAAGGCAGCGGUAGCGGAGUCCCUACACAGACUCCUAGAUAAAAGGGCCCCUUGGGUGUGGGGCCAGCGACAAAGGGCCGCAUUCCAGGCAGUCAAGGACUUGCUCGUCUCGAACUCGGUCUUAGCACACUUCGACGAGAGGCUGCCAGUGGUGCUGGCAUGCGACGCCUCUCCCUAUGGCAUCGGCGCUGUCCUGGGACACCAACUCCCGGAUGGAAGAGAGGUGCCGGUGGCAUACUUCUCCCAGACGCUUGCUGCAGCCGAACGAAACUACUCACAGAUUGACAAGGAGGGUCUGGCAAUCGUGAAGGGCGUAAAAAAAUUCCAUGAUUUCUUGUACGGGCGGCCCUUUACCAUAGUGACUGACCACAAGCCGUUGCUUGGCCUGUUUGCCCCUGAGAAGCAGACCCCCCAAGUGUUGUCUCCACGUGUCCUCAGGUGGUCAAUUUUCCUUGCCGGCUACCAGUAUGCACUAAUCCACCGCCCUGGGAAGGCGAUGGGCCACGCAGACGCCCUCAGCAGGCUACCACUACCAGAAACAGGCCCCGACCCAGCGCCUGCGCAAGAGGUUAUGACCCUGGAGCUGCUUCCCGACCGACCCAUUCAGGCACAAGAAGUUGCGCACCAUUCCACAAAAGAUAGGGUCAUCUCCCGGGUCCUGGACUGGGUGUGGCGAGGAUGGCCCAGCAGCAGCCCCGGGCCAGAAUUCGCUGGCUACACAAACCGCAAACAUGAACUGUCGGCCCACAAGGGGUGCCUGUUAUGGGGAAGCAGGGUUGUUGUUCCCCAGCCCCUCCGCAAAAGGGUCCUCACAGCCCUACACGAGACACACCCAGGGGUAGUGAGGAUGAAGGCCCUUGCCAGGAGUUAUGUGUGGUGGCCGGGGAUUGACAGAGAGAUAGAGGCCUGGGUCCAACACUGCCAGACCUGCCAAGAAUCCCGCCCGGAUCCCCCAAGGGCCCCAGUCCAGCCCUGGGAGUCCGCCCGACAUCCAUGGUCACGCUUGCACGUGGACUUCGCUGGCCCCUUCCAGGGAAAAACAUUCUUCAUAGUGGUGGAUUCAUACACCAAAUGGCUGGAGGUCGCACUGGUACCAUCCACUUCUACGGCGGCAGCCAUCGGGGUACUCCGUAAGCUGUUUGCGACCCACGGGCUCCCUGACACCCUCGUCUCGGACAAUGGAACCGCAUUCACGUCAGAGGAGUUCCAGACCUUCACAGCGCAGAACGCCAUCCGCCACAUCCGCUCAGCACCAUUCCACCCUGCCACCAAUGGCCAAGCGGAGCGCAUGGUGCGGACCACCAAGGACAGCCUCCGCCGCAUGACACAAGGGGACUGGGAAUACCGCCUUGCCGCAUCUCUUCUAGCACAGCACAGCACCCCAAGCACAACGACGGGCCGGAGCCCAGCUGAAUUACUAAUGGGCCGGCGCCUUGCAACUAGACUGGACCGACUUCACCCCGACAGAGCUCAGGAUGAGGUAGUGGUGGGGAAAGGCAGGAAUCCCCGGACAUUUGUGGCCCAGGACCCAGUGUAUGCAAAGAAUUUCGGGGCAGGCCCAGCAUGGGUACCCGCCACAGUCACCAAGGUGACCGGUCCCGUGUCGUACGAGGUACUAACGGAAGGGGGGCAAUGUUGGCGCCGCCACUGUGACCAGCUACGGCGACGAUUCCCAGGAGGAACCCGGGAGGAGAGCGGGACAGAGGGGUCCCAAGGGGACAGCAGGGCAGUGAGGCCUGUAGAGCGAGAGGGGUGGGCAGGGGAAGCAGAAGCAGUAGGCACAGAGGGGCGCCCCGAGGCUGGAAGGACACCGGAACCAGAGCUACAACCUAGUGGUUCAGUGGCGCCAGACCAGACAGCCCGGGCACAGCCAGCAGCCUCGGAACACGAGCCAGAACCAGAACCCCUGACCAAGGAACACCCCAGGCCACAACGCACACGGAGGCGGCCAGCAGACCUUGGGGACUACGAAUGCAACUUCCCGGGCAGGACUGGAACUUAGAGGGGAGGGGUGUUAUGUACUGAGCUGAAUCCUAGAACAAUAGGAUUCAGAAUCAGCGGGAGCUACCCAAUCCAACUCCAGGUGGAAGUGAAUCCGCAACCUGAUUGGCCUGCUGGAGCAGCCAAUCAGGCGGCUGGCAGAAGUGAAUCUGCUACCUGAUUGGCCUGUAGGAGCAGCCAAUCAGGCUGCAGGCAGAAGUCAAUCCACAAUAUAAUUGGCCCACAGGUGUAGCCCUGAAGUAGCCAAUCACGCAAGGCCCAUUGUGUAAAUAAUGUAUAUAAGCAGAUGGUUUGGGGAAAAGAGCCAUUCGUCUUCUCUUCUCCUCCUUGAUGACUAUGAGCUGAA